CAUUGCACCGUCUGUCUCUCACGUUCAUCGUAGUCUUAGCUUUCUUGAACGCUUACAGAAGGUCAAAUUAGGGUUCGGUUCCGUCAUUGAGAGCAAAUGGCAAUGGCCGGGCGCAUCAGAUCGAGCCUCCCUCUUCUCAGCAGAAUGAUGGCCGCAGCCGAUUCGAUGUCGGGUCAGAGAUGCGCUCUUCGCCGCGCUCUGCUGUGCCCUACUUUCUCCAAAGCCGAGGUUUCAAGAAAUUAUUCUACUGAUUUGGCAAAGAAGGUUGACAAAGUCAAGGUGCCUCUUGUCUUAUACGGUGGUUCAGGAAACUAUGCUUCUGCUCUAUACCUGGCUGCAGUGAAGGCUAAUGCUUUGGAUAAGGUUGAGUCUGAGUUUGUUGACCUGGUGGCUGCCUCAGCAAGGAGUUCUACCUUUUCACAGUUUAUGAAGGACUUAACCGUUCCUGCAGGCCUUAGAGUUAAGGCUAUUAGUGCUAUCUGUGAUGAAGCUAAAUUUUCGGAAGUCACAAAGAACUUUUUGGUUUUGCUGGCUGAGAAUGGGAGGCUGAGAUACCUAGAUGACAUCAUUAAGAAGUUCAGAGAGCUGACCAUGGCGCACAGAGGAGAAGUGAAGGCCAUUGUUACAACUGUCAUUCCUCUGCCCCCAGAAGAGGAGAAAGAGCUAAAGGAGACACUACAAGAUGUAAUUGGAAAAGGGAAGAAAGUAAUUCUUGAGCAGAAGAUUGAUCCCAGUAUUCUUGGUGGGCUUGUGGUGGAAUUCGACAUGAAGAUCUUUGAUAUGUCUAUAGUGACCAGGGCGAAGCAGAUGGAGAGGUUUUUGCGGGAGCCCAUCACUGACCUCUUUUGAAAUCUCGUGCUUGUUUAUGCUUGUGAAUCAAGUUCUGCAAGCGCCUUUAAUGACAAAAAAGGAGCUUUGAAGUUUCUUACUUUGCUAUCUGUUGCUGGUGGCCACAGCUUUGUUGUCAAAUCCAAUUUUUCCAAUAAGAGCUACUCAUUCUC